AUGUUCUCGGGUACACGACUUGCCAGUUCGCGCAGUAUUAGUGCAGGCACUAUGCCUGCACUCAGUUCUGGGCCUCGAACACCAUCAUCAUUUCCGGAACGACCUCCAUCAGGCCGUUCCGCGGUUCCCAUGUAUCUCGGUGGGGAGGAAAUCCUCUCCAACGAAUACGAAUACGAGCCUGAUCUCGUUUCGUCUUCGGGUCUUCAUAGCCCACUAUCCUCUCGACAAUCUAACGUGUCGAACUGCGUGCGUCACGCAGCGGCGGUGGCCAAGGUGGGAAGAAACUCCUCGUAUGGUCAACCCCAGGUUGACCAUGGCUCUCACGGUCUGCUUGAGCGUGUUGCCGCUCUGGAACAAUCCCAGAGCGCGGAGCUUGCCGCUCUGCAACAGGAGCUGCGCGUCUUAAGAGCGCAGGUCGCAACGGCCGCUCAGACCGCUUCCGACAUCCAAGUCAAACUUGGGUUGAAGCUGGCUAGGCUGUCCGACCGCGUCGUCGCGAUCGAGAAGCAGGCUCACGCUGCUUCGUCGUCCUCGUCAUCGACACUAGAUGACUCGUGUUGCCGGUAA